UCCGGCGGGCCGAAACUAGGAAGAAACUUGGAGCUACCGAGGCACCUCUGCCACCUCUCUCCGCUGCUCCUGUGCCCCGUGGCCCGGGCCGCGCCGAGCCGUCGGAAGCCCUGGCCAUGGGGCAGCCCGGGCCUUGCGCCGUGUGAGGCGCGGGGCCUCCCGCGAGCUCCCCCGAUAGGCCGAGGGCGGGCAGGCGGGAGGCGUCGUUCCUGCAGCGGUCGGGGCCGCAGCCGCCGGCCUGGGCGCCCGGCAUCAUGAACAUAGACGUGGAGUUCCACAUUCGGCACAACUACCCUUGGAGCAAGUUGCCCGCCAACGUGAAACAGAGUCUUGGAAAUUCACAGCGAGAGUAUGAAAAGCAGGUUGUCCUGUACAGCAUCCGCAAUCAGUUACGAUACAGAAAUAACUUAGUUAAACAUGUCAAGAAAGAUGAACGUAAAUACUAUGAGGAACUACUGAAAUACAGUCGAGAUCACCUCAUGCUGUACCCUUACCACUUAUCGGACAUUAUGGUAAAGGGCCUGAGGAUAACACCAUUUUCAUAUUAUACUGGGAUUAUGGAGGACAUUAUGAACAGUGAGAAAAGUUAUGAUUCUUUGCCCAAUUUUACUGCUGCUGACUGUCUAAGGCUUCUUGGCAUCGGAAGAAACCAGUACAUCGAUCUCAUGAAUCAGUGUAGAUCAUCAAAAAUUGUACUGUUGCAGAAAUUUUUCAGAAGGAAAACGGCCCGUGAUCUUCUGCCAAUAAAGCCAGUGGAAAUUGCCAUAGAGGCAUGGUGGGUGGUCCAGGCUGCGUAUAUCACAGAAGAUGACAUAAAGAUAUGCACUUCGCCUGAGAGAUGCGCUAUUGAUAAGAUCAUCGAUGCAGGCCCUCAGCUGGCUGGAUCACUAGAUUACAAUGUAGUACAUAGUUUAUAUAACAAAGGAUUUAUUUAUCUGGAUGUACCAAUAUCUGAUGACAGUUGUAUAGCAGUUCCUCCUCUUGAAGGUUUUGUAAUGAAUCGAGUGCAAGGUGAUUAUUUUGAAACUCUACUCUAUAAGAUAUUUGUUUCAAUAGACGAGCAUACUAAUGUUGCAGAGCUUGCAAAUGUCCUUGAGAUAGACUUAUCCCUGGUUAAGAAUGCUGUUUCAAUGUAUUGCCGAUUGGGCUUUGCCCAUAAGAAAGGACAAGUAAUAAAUUUGGAUCAACUUCAUUCAUCGUGGAGAAAUGUUCCAUCGAUAAACAGAUUAAAGAGUACUUUAGAUCCACAAAAGAUGCUCCUAUCAUGGGAUGGCGGGGAAAGUAGGAGUCCUGUACAAGAAGCUUCGUCGGCUACUGACACUGACACAAAUAGUCAAGAAGACCCAGCUGAUACAGCCAGUGUGAGCAGUUUGAGUUUGUCCACAGGAUAUACAAAGCGUAUCGCGUUCCUGUUUGACUCAACUCUCACUGCCUUUUUAAUGAUGGGAAAUCUUUCACCAAACUUGAAAAGCCAUGCAGUCACAAUGUUCGAAGUUGGCAAACUCUCAGAUGAGUCCCUGGACAGCUUUCUUAUAGAACUGGAAAAGGUUCAGAGCACCGGUGAAGGAGAAGCACAGAGAUAUUUUGACCACGCACUUACUUUGAGAAACACAAUACUGUUUCUUCGUCACAAUAAAGAUCUGGUUGCACAAACCGCACAGCCAGACCAACCCAAUUAUGGUUUUCCUCUGGAUCUCUUACGCUGUGAAAGCCUUCUUGGUUUGGACCCUGCAACUUGCAGCAGAGUUCUAAACAAAAAUUACACACUACUUGUUUCCAUGGCUCCUCUCACCAAUGAAAUUCGACCUGUCAGCAGCUGCACGCCUCAGCAUAUUGGACCAGCUAUCCCAGAAGUCAGUUCUGUCUGGUUUAAACUGUACAUUUACCAUAUCACUGGGCAGGGACCACCAUCUCUUCUACUGUCCAAAGGUACAAGACUUCGAAAACUGCCAGAGAUAUUCCAGGGUUAUGAUCGACUGCUAAUAACAUCUUGGGGUCAUGACCCUGGGGUUGUUCCUACGUCAAAUGUGCUCACGAUGUUGAAUGAUGCUUUAACACAUUCGGCGGUUUUGAUUCAGGGACAUGGUUUGCAUGGGACAGGAGAAACUGUCCACAUACCGUUUCCAUUUGAUGAGACAGAACUACAAGGAGAGUUUACUCGUGUCAAUAUGGGUGUUCAUAAAGCAUUGCAAAUACUAAGGAACAAAGUGGACUUGCAGCAUUUUUGUGGAUAUAUCACCAUGUUGAAUGCCUCGAGCCAACUUGCCAACAGAAAACUCAGUGAUACUUCUGAUGAGAGAGGAGAACCUGAUUUGGCUUCUGGCUCAGAUGUAAAUGGGAGUACAGAGUCAUUUGAAAUGGUCAUUGAGGAAGCAACUAUAGAUUCAGCAACUAAGCAAAACUCGGUUGCCACAGCAGAAGCAGAUUGGGUUCCUCUCGAGCUGUGCUUUGGAAUUCCACUGUUUAGUUCUGAAUUAAACCAGAAAGUUUGUAGAAAAAUUGCUACACAUGGCCUUUGCAGGAAAGAGAGCCUUCAAAACCUCUUACAUUCCAGUAGAAAACUCUCUCUACAAGUCCUUAACUUUGUUCACUCAUUCCAGGAAGGUGCUUCAACACUGGAUAUUCACACAGAGGCCAGUUUUUCAAGUUUGCUUUCACAAUCGUCCUGUGCCGAUUUGGGAGUUCCACUUCCCGCCAAGAACUUAAUAUUUAAAGAUGGCAUCUUGUCAGAGUGGAGUGGACGGUCACCUUCCUCACUUCUUAUUGCUAACCUCCAUUUGCAAUAAUUUGGUUACACCAUUUGUUGCUCACACUUUCUGCCUUUUUUUCUUUCUUCAAGUUAGCUUUAUAUAGUGGCAGCCACUAAAAAGCAUCCUGCUGCUUCAGUGCAAGUCAGGCUUAACUGAUGUUAAAGGUUUGGGGAAUAUGUUCAUGUUUUUGAAGUUUUCCUCAUCAUUGCACCUCCUAAUGCAACAAAGAGCUUUUUAGCAGUCUGCGCUGUAUUUUUUACCUUGAGACAAUCUGCAUUUCUUUUAUAAAACCGAGGAUAUACUUUAUAGGCUUUAUGAUGACUGUUAUGUUUAUAAGCAGUCCCUAUGAAUAUUGCAAUGGUAAUUUUAUAUGUUAGUUUAUCAAACAUAAAUCUUGUUUAAUUUUAUAUUUUGUUACCUACUCUUUAGGGGAUCAUGGGAAGAGGUGGAGCUCUUCCUCUGCAAAGGCUCCUAGGUACUUAACAUAGCAAAACGAUACAGUGCACAUCCACAGAUGAUGUGAUGGGCAUUAGGAAUUCCUGUGGAUGUCUGUAAAUUGUGUAUAUCAGUGAACAUUGUUGAAGGUAUGUAAAUCAGCACACUUAUGUACAAACUUCACCUUGAUUUAUAAGGUCUUAACUCAGACUCUGACAUCUCAUGAGAAGCUUUGGAAAACAUUCUAUUUUUAAACAACAUUUCUAUGUGGACUUCUGUUGUCACUCACUUUGGGCUUUAUAUUUUCAUAGAGUCUUUAUAGAAAAAUAGAAUUUAUUUUCCACUCUCGUAGCUGUGGCUGCUGCACGUUUUCACCAUGAUUUGAUUUUUGUUUAGUGGCUUUACCAAUGAAUUGUUAGAAAAUUGAAUUUGAUGUGUUCAAACCAAGGAUUGUGAUUUUAGGUGACAAUGAUGUAAUAGAAGCAUUAAGGCUAUGUCUUCUGAUCAAAAUACUUGAGCGAAAAAUCUACUUUGAAGACAUAUUCUUAGGCAAUUUGGAUCUUAAAUUUAUGUGAAUAAUUUUGGAGAAAAUGAUAAAAAUUGAGUAAUUUCAAAAUGUUUCUUGAGUCAUUGAUUCUUUUAGUGUCUCAAAUGUUAAUUAGAAUAACUGGAAACACUUUUUAGAUUUUUCAAGUUACCUUGGGAAGUUUGUGCAGUGUUAUAGUUUAGUUUAGCUCUACUGAUAGGAUAAUGGUUUACUAGUUUAAAACUGUUAACCAAACUAACUGUUCAAGCAACAUAUAUCUCAAACACUUAAAGCAUUAGAAAAUUUGGGAAUGGUAUAACCUAAACAUUUUUGCUGAUAAUUUUUGUUAUUUAUAGAACUGAUAUUUGUGGAUUUAACAUACUUCUAGACUAUAUGCCUUUUUUAAAAAACCUGUUCACAUAACCAUGCGUCCGAUCCCAUGGCCUGCCUAUAGAAUUGGAGGUUUUGAAGCAGGUUCCCUGUGGCACAGCCAGGGGCUAUGUUUGGGGCAAGUGCAGUACUGUGUAGUUUUUUACUUUCUCUCAUACGGGGUGGAAACCAGUGUAUGUUACGUUUGUCUACAAAAAGAAAAAUACAGACUAAUGCUAAAAUAAUUUCUUAGGGCUGUGAACCCCUCAUUUAUUUUUCCAGUAACUGACACUGUACAUUCCUAGUGCUGUUAGGUACGUGUGUAGUUUUCACAGGUUUUCAGCUGGAAGUUGUAAGUAUUUCAUUUGAUCAGGACUCUUUAAUCUCAUUUGCAUUUGCUUUGUUUGAGUUGACUGCAGUUAUUUUAUUUAUUCCUGUAUUAAUGUCAGCCAACAUUAAUGUAAGCCUACUAAUGUAGUGACGUGUACACUAAUAGAGAAUCGAAUACUUGCAGUUGUUGGCAGUGAACCAACCCAUUUGGUGGUGAAUUUAAAACUUCAAAUAUGGGAGUGAUUUGCUGCUCUCGUUUCCUUGAAGAGAUAGUAGAGGGAGAAACAGAACCUAACAAUGAUCAUGAAUUGUAGGGAGAAUCCUGAAAAAGCGUGUGGCCAGCUCUGGUUUAUCCUGUGCGUGCGGAAAGAUUCUGAUUCCCAGCUGAAGACCUCUCCUGCUUUUAAGGAGGGAUAAUCUGCAUUUUUAGAGCUGUUAGCAAAAUGUGAAGGCUGCCUUUUGCUUCGCUUUAUGAAUUUGGUUUGUUUCAUUCAUACAUUAACUCAUGUAAAAAUGCAUCAACAAAAAGGUAAAUUUAAAAUACAGACUUUAUUAUUUGCCAAAGAAGACGUGUGAAAGCAUUUUUAUCCCAUUAUUUGAAGUAAUUUCAUU